AUGCAUAUCGAGAAGGCUUAUCUGUACAUCAGCGCCUCGCCGACACGUCACACUGGAUCCAUCCACGUCACCGCACGACAUCUAGUGUUUGCAUCGGCCGAUAGGCAGAAGGAAAUAUGGCUUCUACUACAGACGUUGUGGUCUAUCGAGCGUAAAAGCCCAACUCCCAAAGGAACUCUCAUCGUGUUGCGUACCAAGACGUACCGUCUGAUAACCCUGCUGAUACCUAGUGAGAAGGAAUGCAACGACAUGUAUGACGCCCUGAUGGACUUGGGAUUCAAAAGUCGUAUGGAUGAGCUUCACGCCUUUGAAUAUAAAUACAGUCCUGGUGUCAAAUCGCAAAGUCUGAGCUGGGAAUUCUACAAUACGCUUACCGAAUACGAGCGCAUGGGUGUACCGAACAGCAAAUGGCGAGUGACUUCACUCAAUAGAAGGUUUGGGCUUUGCUCAACGUACCCUCGUGAACUGUAUGUACCGGCCACCUGUUCAGAUGAGAUGCUGACAGAGUGUGCCGCUUUCCGGAGCAGGCAGCGACUACCCAUCCUGAGCUACAUCUACAAAAACGAAUCAUCGCUCACUCGCUGUAGUCAACCGAAAGUGGGCAUCCAAUCAAAACGUAGCGUUGCGGACGAGGCAAUGGUACAACUUAUAUUCUCGGCGAAUCCCAACAAAGUGAACAAACACUACAUCAUCGACGCCCGCCCGAAGGUCAAUGCCAUGGCUCAAAGAGCGAACGGGGCAGGAUACGAGAGCACGGCAUUCUACCUCAACUGCAAAUACCUAUGCAUGAACAUAGAGAACAUCCAUGUCAUUAGAGAAUCACUUAAUAAGCUGGUAGAUGCCUGCCACGUACACAAUUCAACGGCGAAUCAAUGGCUUAGUAACGUAUAUGGGUCCGGUUGGCUGCACCACAUCAGGACUAUUCUGGAAGCAUCGAAUCUGAUGGCUAGGGCAAUGGCAGUUGAAGGCGCGAGCGUAGUGUUGCAUUGUAGUGACGGAUGGGAUAGGACUGCUCAGCUCUCCUCCCUCACUCAGCUGUGUUUAGAUCCUUAUUACCGUACCAUAAAAGGUUUUAUAAGUCUAAUCAGUAAGGAGUGGAUACAGUUUGGCCACAAGUUCCAACAUCGAAAUGGUUUCUGGGCAUUGGAUAAGAAAGAGUAUUCUCCCGUAUUCACACAAUUUUUGGAUUGCGUUUGGCAACUACAAACGCAAUUUCCGUGCGCGUUUGAGUUCAAUUGGAAAAUGCUGAUCGAUCUGAACGAGGAAUUGCACGCUUGCCGCUUUGGAACGUUCUUGGGUAAUUGCGAGUCUACAUUUUUCGCCUCGAACCGACAAAGCGAGAGCGAAUGGCCGCGAAUUUGUCUGAGACUACACCGUCUCUGUGGUACUACUUGAUCGACAAUACAGAGAAGUACCUGAAUCCCAUUCACUCGAUUACUCAAGGGGUAUUAGUUGCGGAAACUGCCCCGCAACACAUACACGUGUUUAAAGGCCUGUACUGCCAGUACCUUGCAGGUAAAAUGGCACAUGCUGUCAAAGAUACAUUCGUUGAAGACUUGGCCAAGAAAUUAGACGGCGACGACUAUAAUGAUAGGCGGAACUAUAUAAUUAGCAUGAUAAAUCAAAUUAGAGACAAGGAUCCCAGUAAGGCGGCUUCACUGGCUCUGGUGGAUUUUGAGGGAAAAAGUAUCAUAUCGGACGCAGAGGUGUUUCGGUAGUCAAGCAGAGGCAACUCUGAGCUACCCUUAUGCAAUAUAAAUUGGGGAUCUUCGCAGUGAUACAACCCUUAAUUUCAAUUGAACAAUUUGCCCCAAUUGGCCUUUAUAUGUGUGGCCUAGCGAAACGAGCGGAAACCAAUGUCAACAUCGCGCAUCGGCUUGAAUAACUUCCGAGUUAGAUUCAGGAUUUCUUAAAUGGAAGUAAAACAAUGGAGCACUUCUAUGAGCUCAGAG